AUGGCCACCGCAACACCCACAUGUCCCAUCGUAGUCGAUACAGACGGCAGCGCGUACAUUCCCCUACCAGAUCACCCCGGCUUGCGUCUGGCUCCCCGUCAAACGACCGACUUGGAUGCCCUUGUGAAGCUAUACAAUACACCAGAGAUUGGCAAAUGGUUCUGGCGCCGCCCUUUCCCAUAUCCAGCUGAGGAAAUAAGCAAGGCACUCGAGAAAUUGCCAGUUCAACAAGCAUACCUCGCCACUCUAAUAUCCUCCUUACCCACUCCUCCAGCCCCAUUGAUACCCUACACCGACAACAUCUGCCCUUUCAACACAUUGCGCGAAGCCGACACUGGCAAACUACUUGGGACGGUCUUUCUCGGUCCUUAUGAAACUGAAGGCGACUGGUGGAUUGCGUAUGACCUCUCGCCCGAGGUCUGGGGCAAAGGGGUGGGAAGUGCUGUAGCUAAGGCCGCUGUUGAUUAUCUGAGAUGGUUUGGUGCAAAGCGAGUUACAGGGGUCCAUGAGCCUGAGAAUGGAGCAUCUGGUGCUGUGCUUCGCAAGGCUGGGUUUUCAAGAGUGGGAGACAAGGAGCUAGAAUGGCCGGAAGAAAAGGGCGGAGGCCAUCGGCUUGUACAUGUAUGGGAGGCCACCUUCUAG